GUCUCAUAGUAGGAAUGGACAAACGUUGGGAAGCCGGAAAUCUAAUUUAGAAAUGUUUGUCCGAGCGGCUUGCUUAAAUCCGGAAAUUUUGGCUUUAAGUGUGACGUUAAGGCAGUGUGAUGGCGUCUGAGCGUACAUCGGCGUAUGGCAAUAACACAAAUGUAGACUUUACACAAAGCACUGAUGAUGACCCUCUUAUUGAUGGACCACUGAUAUCCCAAGAUACACUUGAGUCAGUCAUCAAGAGAGAGUUUAAGAAAUUGCCCACUCAUUGGGCAGUGGGUGUCAUCUCAUUUUUACAUGUAGUUUAUGUGGUGGUGUGCAUUCUAAUCACAGUAUUUUGCUGGCUAUCUGAUGAGCACACUCCUGAGUGCACUGCGGCAUUGCAGGGCAUCGACUCCAAGACUGUGGUCUUACUGGGAAAAGUUGCACUCUGGGUGUUGGUCUUUAUAUAUGAUAGAUUUGUCCAGCAUCACCAUAACGCAGUAAGACGGAGAGGUUAUCUGGACUUCUACAGACUGACCCGAGGAAUUAAAAACCUUCCACUGCUCAUUCACUCUACAGGUAAUGCACUGGUCCUGACUGUCAUUGCUCCAUCUGCUCUGCUGGAUGCAAGUGUGAAGAAUCUUUCAGUAUAUCUUCUGUUGGCUAUCAUCUGCCUGGAGCUACUGCUGUCAGUUAUAUGCUUACUUAAAUAUGCAGUACACGUGGUGAGGUUUAAUAGCAAGAAGCCACAUCCUGAUGUGACUGAAGAAGAACGCUCUCAUGGCUGCUCCAGUGAAGCACAUACAGAGACAGGCUUCAGGGACUGCUCCAGUCUGGAGGAUGUGGUGGAAAAACAGGCAGACCUGAUUGAUUAUCUCAAACAGCACAACAGCGUUCUGAGCAGGAGGAUCCUCGCGCUGACCGCCCAGCAGAUCAGAGCCUGACGCGUGCAGACAGAGAGAGUGACUCAGGUCCGUUUGUGCAUAUGAUGGGGUCUGAAGCCUUGCGUGCGAGUGUGUGUGAGGCUGUCUAUCUUGACUGGCAUCGGCAGCCAUGGCUCACUGAUCAGAAGGCUUUUGGUGGGAAACGAACCCUGGUAACCUCUCUAACGACGCUCUCGUGUUUCCAUGACGACAAGUCUGAGUAGACAAUGCUUGCAAUUAGGAAGUCAGAAACCUCUGCUGGAGAAAUGUUCUGUAAAGAUGUUCAUUAUAAGUUGGGGAUAGCGAGAUCUAGUCAAACUAAAAGCUUUAUCAUGUAACUUGUGGUUUUCCUUGUUCAUGUCUGUGAGAGCACGAGUAAGUGGGUACUGUGAUAGUUACGUAUCUCAUUUAGUUUCUUUAUUGUAUUUUGGCUUUGUGGAUCAGUGCUGUUUUUGUGUGUAAGAAAUGCCAGAAGGAUGUUUCUUGUGUUGGAGCUAUUCUCAAAACAUGACCUUUUUAGUCCUGAUGCUACAGAUGUUGUGAUUUUAUGUAAGAUAAUGUGAAUAAAUUGAUUGAAACUUCUUUUUGGAAUAAAAUGUUCACAGAUUUUAUUGAA